AUAAUUGUGGUUUUAAAAACAUUAACAUCGACUAAUUUACACCAGGCAGUGUCAAGUUGAUGUUUCUGGCGGAGUAUUCAUCAGGGAGCACCUGAUGUGCUCAACAUAUUUAGUCCGCGCUCAAAAAAGAAAAAGGUGUCAACAGUUUUGUUUCUAUAAUGGAUGAAUUUCCAGCGUGUAACCUCGACUACCUUCCAGAAAACAUUUUAGUUGACGUGCUGUCAUAUUUGAGCGUGCGCGAGCUUGUUAGAGCUGGGAGGGUGUGUAAGAGAUGGAGACGCCUUGUAAAGGAUCAAAAACUGUGGAGACUUGUCGACUUGACAGCGUGGAAAGGGAUGACGUCCCGUAUUUUGUGGGUCCUUCUGCGUCAGUAUCUCGGUUGUGGACUACGGUACUUACGACUGCGUGGUUUGCUCCUCUCCGUCCGAGGUGGCACUUUCCUCUCUGAGGCUUGGCUCAAAGCUCUGUCCACAAAGUGCCCUCGCCUGAGCAAGCUCUAUCUUCUGCAUGCGGACUUGAGAAGCCUGCCCAAUUGCCAGCUCUUGCCGCCAUCUUUGAAGGUGCUAGAGCUGCAAGGCUGUGAGCUGCCUCAUGGUUUCUUCACGCAGGACAUUCCUGCUUCACCUCAAGAGAACACGCAGGCGACUUCCAGCAUUAAGCAGAAACAAGGAGCAAGACACAGUCCGCCAUCGGGGAUUUCGAUUGAAUGUUUAAUCCUCAACAGCGUUCCCUCUUUUAAGGACCAACACCUGCAAAGUCUGACAUCAUGGGAGAGGCUCAGUCGACUGGAGUUAUGCGACACGUUUCACGUGACUGCAAAUGGACUCCGAGGCUGUGCCGCCAAGGAAGGUGUUUGCGGCCUGGAAGGUCUCUUCCGGCUUAAGUUUCUGGAAAUGAGCAUCACCACGCGGCAGGGCUACCAGAGGCCAAUGGCCUCCUUAGGCUUAGAAACAGGAUGGCUUGGACUUGAGGAGCUGAGCCUUGGCGGUAAGGAGGUGGCGCCAGGGUUCCCCUAUGCCAGCCGCCUGAAGGACCUGAAGCGCCUCUACCUGAAGGCCUGCACUCUCGACGAGUUGCAGGUUGUGCACAACUGCAAAAUGCUGCGUGGUCUCCCCGGCUUCCUCAGAUUGGAGUUUUUGGAUGUGGUCUUCCAGCCGCGUCGUUGCUCACCUGAGGCAGCGGCUGGUGGCGAGGGGGAGCAGGAGCAGGAGGGCGAGGAGGAGGCCGCCGACGCUGAUCACGGCGACAACGGCAACAAUGACAACAAACCGGAUAAACUGAUCCAAAAUUUGCAUCGCUUGCUGGCAGUAAUGCUGCCGUGCUGCACACUGGCCUUUAACAAUUGCUCUGUUCAACACAAUUCAAAUCUCGCUUCAAAUUUAUUUAUAUAGCGCUUUCACAACAGCCGCAGAUCUAACAAAAGCGCUGUACACAAAACAAUAAUGACAAUGCACUCAUAGAUAACCAAACAAAAUUCUCUCCGAUCAAAAUACACCAUAUCUCCGUUCGGGAUCAUAAAUGUCGCAAUCAUACCGCAACGUCAUUUAAAUUUGCUUCAAACUGAGUUAAAAUUUUAAUUAAACCAGCAAAUUUAGUUUUCUGACAGCCGAUGAUUUAGCCAUAGGCCAGUAAAACACACACACACAUACACACAUAGAAAAUUGGCUUAAUUCUCCUGUCCUGUAUAGUAGUCUGUUGCUUCAAUUUACCUUUUAGCGCUGACUCUCAUCCUACUCCGUAUCCCUUCCGUCAUGCAUUUGGUUCCAUUUUGGGGAUGAAACUCCUUGUGGUCCCGCUCCCCACAGCCAUACCAUCACAGACACAAAACGACCUCUCCUCCAAUGAAUGUCCUGGCCCAAAAACACUCCACAACGGCUUGACAUGACGCACAAUGAAAUUAAAGAGAAAAAUUAGCGGAGCUCUUGUAAUGGCCUGUGAAUUUAAAGGGGUCAUAUUUCCCCAUUGCGUCUUAUUUGAUCUCACCCAGAUCAGAGUUGCUCAGAGGCAGGUGGAUUAAGUCCAUCCAUCCAAUAUGACAAAUGAAUCAUAGCACUUCUUAAUUUACCUUAAUUUCUGAAGAAUAGAAUGAAAAAUAUUUAGUUUUUGUCGUACUGUGUUUAUUGAAUGGCCAUUGUGCUGCUCUUUCUGAUGUGCUCGUCCUGGCCGCUGGAGGCUGUAUACGACAGAAAGACACACAUACCGCUACUUGACAAACGCCCUACUGAAUGUUAAGAAUGUCUUCUAAGUGAGUGAGUGAGUGGUGAUAUGUGUGUGGUCUUUUUCGACUUGGGCUGUCAGAUCUUUGUAUAUACAGUAUGAGUCUUUUAAACAACACAUGCAGAUGUUCUUUAAUUUAAUCUGACAUCCACUCUCUUGUUUAUUUCUAACAUUCAAUGAUGAUUUAACUCCUAACAUACAGUGAAGAUGAAUUCAACUUUGAGUGCACAAGUUCUGUUCUGUUAAAGAUCUUUGACAACUACAUACAUCCACUAUAUUUCAGAAGUCCACAAAACCAUCAUGAAGGCGAGACGUCAUAUGUGGUUUGCCAAAUGAAAUUCAUAUAAAUGUUUGAACCCUGAAGGCAAAACACAAAUACAGUACUGUAUUUUAAAAGAUAACAUGAAAUGCCAUGUUUUUGUUCCCUGCCUUAAAUAAAAGUGUCACUUGAUGUGAACCUU